AUGAUGUCAAAGUGUGGGUUCUAUCUGGAGCAGAAGCGUCGUUACUGCGGCAUGUCCGCGAGGGAAGGGGCUGGUUUCUGCCUCGAGCAUAGUAGUGAUGCGAGCGAUAGAGUACCUUGUCCGCUGGACCGUAGCCACACGGUCGCGAAGGCAAACUUGAAACGCCAUGUCAAGAAGUGUAACAAGCUGAAACAGAAUCAUCAGAAUGAUCAAGAAGAGUGGUAUAAGCCGGGGUUAAACUCUAGUUCGCGGACCAAAGUCCGCGAGACUAGUCUCGGCGAUUCACUCGAUGAGUGUGUAGCCGUUGUGGAAAAGAUCUACAGGGCGGAGUUUGAACGAUUGGCGCCGGAUCAACGAGAAAAUGAGUUUAUGGAACGUACUCGGUGUCAAGACGUAGUUUCCUCGAAGAAACAUGCUAUACAGCAAUCUUCGCUGAUUCAGCAUUUGCAAGAGAGAGGUCUUUUACUGGACAGUUCGUUUGUAGAGUUUGGAUGCGGAAGGGCAGAAUUGUCCCGGUAUAUCAACCAAACAGUAGCAGAUUCGAAGGGGGAUAAACCGCGGUACGUCUUGAUUGAUCGUGCUUCGAACAGAAUGAAGUUCGAUAGUAAGUUUAGAGACGACUGGACGGAUCUUAGAGAAGACUCGGGCGAUCACAGAUUCACGAAGCGCUGUCGGGUUGACAUCAGGGAUAUCUGGCUGGAUCCUCUUGCUGAUUCCGAGCGACAGUAUGUUGCGGUGUCGAAGCAUCUGUGCGGUGUAGCUACCGACUUGGCACUCCGGGCUCUUGAAAACAGUGCUGGGAUGAAACUCCGGGGUGUUUGUGUAGCGAUGUGCUGUCGCCAUGUUUGUGACAGCUCACAGUAUGUCAACCCGGAGUUUGUAGAGCGGCUUCUCCGGGCUUAUGCCCCGGAAGAAGUGAGCUAUGAAGUGUUCUUUCAAGCGUUGAGGAAGAUGUGUUCUUGGGCUACGUGUGGUUCGCGCCCGGAGGCUAACGAGGAGGAAGCUGUUGUGAAGAGGAGGGAAGAGUUGGGUUUGAUGGCUAGGAGGAUUGUGGAUGAGGGCAGGGUUAGGUGGGUGAGAGAGAAGCUGGGGUUGAAGGCAGAGUUGGUGAAGUACGUUGAGAAGGAAAUCAGUUUGGAGAAUACUGCGCUGAUAGCUAGCGAAUGA